CCGCGCCGGCUCAGCGCUGGUCCUCGCCAGGCGGCCCCGAGACCCUGCAGCGUGGCCCGCGCCAUUGAAAUUCACGAUGUGUGUUGUUCGUUGGUCACUGGCAUGGCCCGCUGGGUGCAGUCGCUCGUGCUCGCGGGCACCGUGGUGGCCUCGAGCGGUGUCGGCGAGCUGCCGCGGCAGCUCCGCGGACCCGCCUCUCUCCGCAGGACGUGCACGCAGGGAGAGGCCGUGCGGUGCCCUGGCUCCGACGCCACGUGUGCCGGGGACCAGUGCUGCCCCCCCGUGGCCUCGUCGGGGAACCUGACCUUCCCCUGCCCAUCUCUCGAGCAGGGCAGCUUCCAGGGCUGCGAGAGCGGCGCGAAGGUCCACGACUGCGAGGACCCCUCACGGUCGCAGCCGCUGGCGACCGGCGCGUGCCGGCAGGGCGAGCAGGUGCUGUGCCCCGGCUCGGGGGCCGCGUGCGCCGGGGACGCGUGCUGCCCGCCGGACGCGGCCUCCGGGAACAGGACGUUCCCCUGCCCGUCCGCCCACAGCAGAUUCGGGGGCUGCGAGAGCAGCGCGAAGCUGUUCUACACGUGCGCGGAGCAGGCGGAGCAGGGCCCCUCCUGA